AUGAGGUGGCUCCCCUCUCCAGCUGUCUACCAGAACCACCACCUCGUCCUUUUCCUUCUUCACGCCUCGAAACUCCUAAUAACGGCUGCAAGUGCCACAGGAGUUCUUCCCAACGAUGACAUAUCUGAUACAGAGCUCGUGCAGGAGAGAUUGGUUCAGAGGGAUGUGGAGAUCCAAAAGCGACUGGCAGAUCAGUCGCCGGUUGGCGUGAGGAAAAUGUCUGAUGAUGAGGGGGAGAAAUUUUGGCUGGAUUAUUGGUAUUUCGGUGACGAUGACGAUGGCAGUAUACCACAGCAAAAGCAGAAAUUUGGUCAUGUAAACAAGGGGAAGGAUAGCGACAAUUUUGGUGGAUCGAUGGAUCCGGAUGGCCUCACUGGUGUCAAUGAGAAGGGAGCAAAAGGGUGGGAAGAGCUCUGGAUGAAUAGGUCCAUGCCGUUUUUAUACGCUCCGCUCCCAUUACAUGCAGCAGAGGUAGGAAAUGGGGACGGAGCGGAUCAAGAUGAAGCAGGGGGACGGGACCGCUCACUGCGGGGGUGGAUGGCCCGAGACCAGGGCCGUAUGUUCAGGAAGAGAGAUUUCCGAUGUCCUGCGGACACGGAGCCGUGCAUGUCAAUCAACCGGCCGAAUAGCUGUUGUGGGACUGGAAGCAAAUGUAUACUUGUUCAAGAUCGAGAUGUGGGUUGCUGUGGGCGAGGUGAUGAGUGUUCGGGUCAUCUUAUUGAGUGUCCGAAGGGGUUCAUGGAGUGUCGUGAUUAUCCGGGGGGUGGCUGCUGUAUACCGGGCUAUUCUUGUGUGGAUCAGGGGUGCAUCUACAUCUCAACAACAAUCAUCACCGCAAUUCCCCCCCCACUAUCACCGCCACCUUACCCCACAACUACAAACCCCAUUGAUCCCCCUUACCGUCGAACCUCCAACCCCACAACCACCAUAACCACAAUCCCGUCGCAGCUACUCACCAAUGCUACCCCUGAAACCCCAAUUAUAGCCGGUUGCCCCACCGGCUUCUAUGCCUGCAGUGCCGUCCACCAUGGCGGCUGCUGCCGCAUCGGUCUCGAUUGCAACCCCACUUCCUGUCCGGAGAUCUCCUCAGCUACUAUCGUAGACGCCAACGGCUUUACCGUUGUUGUACCCGUUGAUGCUACAUAUUCUUCUGGUGGUGCCAGAGCACGGAGGUGUGCCGGGGGCUGGACGAGCUGUGCAGCCUCUGCGGGUGGUGGCUGUUGCCCAGAUGGAUUUGUCUGUGGGCACGUUAGUUGUACGGCUUCAGGUGGAGAUAGGGGCACGGCGGUGGUGGGGAAGACAGCACCAGAGAAUGGAGUGGUAAGGGUAAUUGGAUCCGGUGUUAGUGCUUUAAUUGGAAUUUGGUUUAUGGUAAUGAUAAUAAGUGUGGCUUGGUAA